AUGGCGUCCGCUAUUCGCGUGCAAGUGCAGCUCGGGCAAGUGGCAGAGAGUAAAUCCGACUCGCAGUCGUUUUCUGGUGCUGGUAACGCGGUCGCAUGCCUCGGCUUCCCCUCUCGCGAAAGCAUGCGUUUCGUCGACUCUUUUCGGCACGGAAUCCCGCUAAAACGCAAGCGACCCGAUAUCGACAAGGCCCCCCCUCCUCCCACAUGCGCCAUCCUCCCCGAAACCGCAGCGGAAGCCGCCACGCUUGACGCCGACUCCCCCCGCGCUGCCGCCGUUGCGCGCGCUGUCGCUACUGCCGUCGAAACCGCUGACCGCGCCGCGCUUCCUAGCGGCGCGGAGCUAGCAGUGCAGCUCCAGGCGCAGCCGGCGCAAGAGGCGCAGCCCCCCGCGCUGAUGAAAGUUUCCCCCGAGUCGCUGACCUACCCGUCUGGGUUCUUGGGGGGUUUCGGGGAUAACAACCCCUUGCCCGUGGAUUCCAAGGGACACGUGGCGGGUGACGUGGCGGUGGAUAAGGACGCGUAUUUGAGGCAGAUCCUGAGAUCGCGGGUGUAUGACGUGGCGAUCGAGAGCGCGCUGGAGUUUGCGCCGAAGCUGAGCGAGAGGAUUGGCAACCGGGUGUUCUUGAAGCGGGAGGACACGCAGCCGGUGUUUUCCUUCAAGCUGCGCGGAGCAUACAACAUGAUGGCUCACCUGUCGCCGCGGCAGCUGGCCAAGGGCGUCAUUUGCUCGUCCGCGGGUAACCACGCGCAGGGAGUGGCGCUCUCAGCCUCCAGGCUGCACUGCAGUGCCAUAAUAGCGAUGCCAGUGACGACACCGGAGAUCAAGUGGCGCGCAGUGCAGCGGCUGGGGGCGGAGGUGGUGCUGGUGGGGGACUCAUACGAUGAGACGCAGGCAUAUGCCAAGCGCAGGGCAGAAGAGGAGGGACGAGUGUUCAUCCCCCCCUUCGACCAUGAACUGGUGAUAGCAGGACAAGGCACGGUGGGCAUGGAGAUUCUCCGCCAGUGGAGCACGUGUGACCGCACGGGCGGCUGCGGGGGAGGCGCAGGCCAGUGGCGGUUCUUGGACUCUUCCUCAGAGGAUGAGCGGGAGGGGCAUGGGAGCAACGGGAGCGCGAAUGGGGCUGUGAAUGGUCUGCACGCGGUGUUUGUGCCGGUGGGGGGCGGUGGGCUGAUUGCCGGCAUCGCUGCUUACAUCAAGGCGCUGCAACCAGAGGUGCGAGUGAUAGGGGUGGAGCCUGCUGACGCCAACGCCAUGGCACUCUCCCUCUACCACGGCCGCCGAGUGGAGCUCUCUUCAUGCGGCACGUUCGCAGAUGGAGUGGCAGUGCGGCAGGUGGGGGAGGAGACGUUCCGGCUGUGCCAGCAGCUGGUGGACGGGGUGGUGCUUGUCUCUCGAGACGAGAUCUGCGCCGCCAUUAAAGACAUGUUUGAGGACACGCGCAGCAUCCUGGAACCGGCGGGGGCGCUGGCGCUGGCAGGGGCGAAGGCGUAUUGCCGGCAGUACGGGUUGAAGGGGGAGGGCGUGGUGGCCGUGGCGAGUGGGGCCAACAUGAACUUUGAUCGGCUGAGACUGGUCUCGGAACUGGCUGAUUUGGGGGCGAGGAGAGAGGCAGUGUUGGCGACGACGCUGCCGGAGAUCCCAGGGGCCUUCAAGCAGUUUGCCAAGCUGGUUGGACCGGGUAUGAACAUCACAGAGUUCAAGUACCGCUUCUGCUCCACUGAUGCUGCCCACGUGCUCUACAGCGUGGGAGUGCACACAGAAGAGGACUUAGAGGCUAUGAUCGCACGGCUAGAAGGCGGGGAUAUGCCAACAGUGGACAUGACAGACAACGAUCUCGCCAAGGACCAUCUGCGCCACCUCGUGGGAGGGCGCUCGUCCCUGCCCAACGAGAUUCUCUUCCGCUUCGUCUUUCCGGAGCGCCCGGGAGCGCUCGUCAAGUUCCUGGACCCCAUCAGUCCCCGGUGGAACAUCACUCUGUUUCACUACCGCCGCACUGGCGAGAUGAUUGCGCAUGUGCUGGUGGGGCUGCAGGUGAUGCCUCACGAGGAGGCGGAGUUCAGAGCAGUGGCGGAUGCUCUGGGGUAUGAGUACAGUGAUGAGCGUAACAACAAGGCACUGCGCAUCUUCAUGCAAUAG